CAUGUUCAAUAGAUUUUUUUUUUUAUAUAGUCAUACUUUUUUAUUUUUGGUAUUCUAGAAGUUAUGUCAUGCAGCCACACUGUUGUAUAAAGACACGUAAAUCAACAAUUGGAAGUGAAAGACUGUUUUGCAAAUUCAAAGACAUCGUAUAUUUAUAUUAAGGAAGAUGGACGCUGGGACAUGGUACCAUUCGUUGCCUCGCUUCACACGGUACUGGCUAACAGCCACAGUCGGCAUGAGCCUGCUCUGCAGAUUCGGUCUGCUGCCAAUGGAAUAUAUGUACCUAUCCCGUGAGCUGGUUCUGACCCGGUUACAGCUGUGGCGAUGCAUCACCUCUCUGUUCGUGUUUCCACUGAGCGGAGCGACAGGCUUCCACUUUCUGAUCAACUGCUACUUCAUAACGCAGUACAGCAAGAAUCUGGAAAAGGAUCAAUAUGCGAGAAGCCCCUCCGACUACCUAUAUCUAUUGAUAAUCACCGCAGUGCUAGCCAAUCUCGGCGGCAUGCUAUUCAACGUAUACUUUCUGAUGGACAUGCUGGUCGUUGCAAUCACCUACAUUUGGUGCCAACUGAACAAAGAGGUCAUUGUUAGCUUCUGGUUUGGCAGUCGCUUCAAGGCCAUGUACCUACCCUGGGUACUAGCCGGUAUCGAGCUAGUUUUCCACGGCUCCUUGGCCUCACUGGUGGGCAUAUUCAAUGGACACGUUUAUUACUUCCUCAAAUUCCAGUACCCACAGGAGCUGGGUGGCAGCGCCUUUCUCGAGACACCCGAAUUUUUAAAACGUAUUGCUCCGGACGUAUCUGGCGGCAUUAGUGGCUUUGGUAUUCCACCGGAGAGCAGAGCACCUCCACGUCAAGCGGCCAACUCAGCCUGGGGUCAUGGCACAGCCUUGGGACGCAACUGAAACCUCUAUUCAUAAGUUUAGUUAACAUACUAUCUUUCUAUCGAUCUAUACAAAUGAUCUAUACACUAAAAAAGUAAAAGCUCGAUCAAUCCCUGUCAAAACUCAUCCUAUACUUCACCUUGAGUUUUGCAUCUUUUAAUUGAGUGCACAUCAUCGUGUUAAGGAGCGGUAUGGUAUACAAAUAUACACAAAAGAUAACAAAAUUA